AUGGAUACUGAAGACCGCCAACCCCGGUCGUUGCACGUCCAUCCCAUCGACAAAUAUGGCCCCAAGUUUGUCGAGAAGGCUGACAAGAUGCAACGGCGGAUCACCAUGAAGGAUGAUAGCAAGCCCGCCGGUGGCUUUGAUUCCACUCCAUUUACGCAUGCGCCGCCAGGCUAUACCUUGAAGAUCACGUUCCAUCGCGCGAUCGACCUGCCCGUCGCGGACUUCGGCAGUUUCUCCUCGGACCCGUAUGUCUCUGCGCAGAUGGUCACCAACCUACCGCGCCGCCAUAAACAGGAUCCGCCGGUCAGAUUUCGCACUCCGACCAUUCGCAAAGACAUGAACCCCGUGUGGGAAUGCGAGUGGGUUGUUGCAAAUGUGCCAGCAUCCGGUUGCCUUUUGAAGUCCUAUGUUAUGGAUGAGGACCCCGCAGACCAUGACGAUAAGUUGGGACUCGCAUUUAUCGAAGUGCCUGCGCUCUCGGAAGAUUGGCCAGGCUUCAAAGAGAAAUCUUUCAAGGUCAAGAAGCGCUUUGGAAGUAAGCGCGUUUACGUUUUCACCAAUGUCUCCGCUUUCGCUACGGGUCAUCACAAAGAAUCGUUCGUCGUGGUCAGCAUCGAAUGCCUGGGCAGAACUCCCGGGACUGAAGGGGGCCAACUGUACACCAUUGGUCCUAACCACUGGUACAAGCACUUUUCUCCGUUGAUUGGACGGCUGGCUGGUAUCAAAGACCAAAUGCAAUCCAAAGAUGGCAGUGGAAAGUCUGUCAGUCGCUACAAUUUCCAAGCCAUUCAAAUGCAGCUUACAGGCCCUGUGCCAUGGGAACUCUACCACCGCUAUGUGGAAUUUAAGCCGUUCGUGGCAGGUAUGUUCCAGGCGCAAAGUUUGCGAGGCCGCAUCUUACACAAGGCCCUCCAUCACCAGCACCAGCGCAUCUACAAUUUUGAUCGCACGACCCUGCAUGGGUCAUUUGCGCAGCCAUGCCGCGAAUUUGCGCAAAAGUUCUUGGAGUUUGCCCAUUACGGUCAAGGCGGAUGUAUCUUCACCUACGUCUUAACCUUGGAUGGACAGUUCCGGUUCACAGAGACUGGGAAAGAGUUUGGUAUUGACAUGCUGAGCAAGCACACUAUGCAUAGUGAUGUGUCGAUCUACAUUGCCUACUCGGGUGAAUUCUUCGUUCGUCAACGUAAGCGUCGUCGUCACCAUCGUUCUACUGGAUCGCGUGCUGAACGUGCCGAAACCAUAACGGAAGUGGAACCCCAAAUUCCCGUGGAGGGCCACGAGCCCGAUCAGAACGGGGAGACUGUUGAAAUUUCGACUGACCCAGCCGACUAUGAACUUUUCAUUGAUAAUGACAGUGGCACUUAUCGUCCCAACCCAGAAAAGCUGCCUCUUUUGCAAGAGUUCAUGUCUUCCAAUUUUCCUGGUCUCAACGUUUCGACACUGGAUUGCCAAGCGGAUGCGGAGCGCAUGGGCAAGAUGAAGGCAGAGCAGCGCGAAUUCAAACAGCGCGCGGGCAAUACCAUCACUUUUCUGCAACAGAGCAGUGCUUCGUCGCUGUCCAUCUCCAGCUCAGAUGAAAGCGAGCUUAACGAACGCAGUGGACAAGGUAAACAACGUGGAGAUCUGUCCCGACGAGUCCACGAGAUGCGCGACCUGCGAGGACAGGUGAUGAAAUGGGUAGAAGCGGAUGGACACGCUGAUCGGCCCAAACACCGGUACUUCUCUGGUCGAGAGCGUGCGGCGUCCACUAGUGAGGUUCCAUCGAGUCAGCGACCUGAAGCAGCUCGAGCGAUCACCACCAAUCCCAAUCACGAGGCUCCCAGUCAGCUCGUAAGCUGA